AUGGCACCUAAAGUCUCCACUGCCCAGCGGCGGCUUCUUAGGGAGUUUCAGGAGCUGACACGUUCUCCCACCGACGGAAUUGUUGCCGGACCUAUUAGUGAGGAUAAUCUGUUCAAGUGGAGGUGUCUUUUAGAAGGUCCUCCAAGCACGAUCUACGAGAAUGGGGUUUUCGAGGCAGAGAUGGAUUUCCCCUCCGAUUAUCCACUGUCCCCACCAAAACUCAAGUUCAAGUCACAGAUUCUCCACCCAAACAUCUACAAAGACGGUACCGUGUGCAUCAGCAUUCUCCACCCUCCAGGUGACGACCCGAUGCAGUACGAAUCGGCGGACGAGAGAUGGGGGCCCUUGCAAAGUGUCGAGAAGAUCCUGCUGAGUGUGUGUUCGAUGUUGGCCGAGCCUAACCCAAACUCGCCGGCAGAUGUGGACGCUGCGAAGCUGUGGCGCGAGGACAGAGACCGCUUCAACCAGAUUGUGCAGGCACAGGUUCUCAAGACGCUGGAGUAA